AUGUCCAAAUUCCUUAACCCCUAUGGGCCCCGUCCCUGGUUUCAUGUAUCACGAAUACGAUACAUUCUGUCUACAUCAUCGACUCCCAUUAAGCUUCGAGACUACCAAAUAAAAGCCAUUGAUGCAGUCAAACUGGCCAUCCAACGAGGUGUGAGAAGACCAGCAUUUGUGAUGGCUACAGGUGGAGGAAAAACUAUGGUAUUCUCUCAUUUAAUCCCACAACUUCCACAAAUGGAUCCCCAAAGAGGCAAUAAAGUCCUUGUUCUCGCCCACACAGAAGAAUUGAUCAAGCAGGCUGCUGAAACCAUCGCUCGAAUCAACCCAAGCUUAAAGAUAGAAGUAGACAUGAGACACAUGAAACCCACGUUUGAGGGCGACAUCAUUGUCGGAUCUGUGCCGACGUUGGUGAGGACUGUGAGGCUCAACAAGUACAAUCCAAAGGACUUUAAAGCCAUUGUUUUGGAUGAGUGUCACCACGCAUCUGCUUCUUCAUGGUCCAAAAUUCUCAAGUAUUUCAACGCUGAUACACCUCAGCUGGAAGUAAUUGUGAUCGGGUGCACAGCAACUUUGGAGAGAAGCGAUGGAAAGUCGCUUGGAGAGGUGUUUGAUGAGAUUGUGUUUGAACGGAGUUUGUUGACAAUGGUGAAGAAUAAAGAGUUAGUCGAUGUGAAAUUCUCCAGCUUGAAAGUGGACAUAGAUUUGUCUUCUGUUCCAACCAAGAACUCUGAUUACGAAACAGUGAGUCUUUCGAACCUUAUUAACAGUACCGAAACCAAUCUUUUGGUGGCCCUUUCCUAUAGGAAAUUGCGAGAAGAGUAUGGGUUUCGCUCCACAUUGAUGUUUUGUGUGGACAUUAACCAUUGUAAGACCCUUUGUGGGGUGUUGCAAAGAAGUGGAAUUAAUGCUCAGUAUGUCACUGGGGACACUGUCAAGCAUGAAAGAAGGACUAUUAUUGAGGACUUCAAGAAUGGUAAGAUUGACGUUCUUUGCAAUGUUCUUGUAUUCACUGAAGGAACAGAUAUACCUAACAUUGACUCAUUAUUUUUGGUUCGGCCCACAAAAUCAAGGCCGUUACUUGUUCAAAUGAUUGGCAGAGGAUUACGAUUACAUGGGAAUAAGACCCAUUGUCAUGUGGUAGAUAUAGCUGGAACAAGAGGAACGGGAAUUCAAUCUGUACCAACUCUAUUUUCGUUACCGUCAGAUUUCAAGAUUCAUGGAAAAUCAUACCAGGAGCUACAGAAGGAAGGUGAAGAGUAUACUCUUGCACAAAAAGAGUUAGAGAAACAAGAACAACUUGAAAAUGAAAAACUAAGAUUGUUGGAUGAGCAGGCUACCUACAGCAAGAUGGUCCAGCUCAAUAAUCUAGAAAACAAGUUAGAUUUGGAGUUUCUAACAGUUGAUGGAUUUUUGGCGUUGGAGUCCAAAGACAUGCAAGACUUUAAGGAAUUCAAACAAAUACAUUCGACUCUUGCGUCUCAUUCCCUCGAUUGGAUCAGACUCGAAUACAAUAUCUGGGGCCACCAGAUUGAUGAGCACUUCUUCUUGUUGGAACGAAUAAAUUUGGAGCAUGAGAACACUCUUUUCAAGUUAUGGGCCACUGGGUUCACUAGCUUGCAACACAGAGUUGCCAGCAAUUAUAAAUGUGGAAAAUUCACCACCAAAACUGAAGUUAUAAGUUCAUAUAACUUAGAUACGGUUUUGGCAAAAGCCUCAGUUCUAAGGAAUGAAAUUCAGACCACCUUUGGACGUCUCCGUGAUUCCAGUCCCUUGACUGCAAAACAAAGUAAUUAUUUGGAAUCUAAACUUGGUAUUAAACUUAAACAGUACUAUGAUAAUUCCCCAGAAUUACAAGGUAAACUUAAGGAAGAAAUAUCUAAGCUCACCAGACGGAAAGCUGCAAACCUCAUAUUUGCCCAGAAGUAUUCGUCUAAAGCACUUUUUGUGGGAUGGGAGCUUCAAAAGAUGUUGGGCUCAAACAAACGCACAAGAAAAACUAUUAAAAAGAUAGUGAAAAGUGAAACUCUAGCCUCCAAACAUCUUCCCAACAUAUCCAAUAUAACCCCCUUGCAUAUUUUCCAACACACAUCGAUAUAA